AUGGAGAAGAUGAGGGUGAUGAAGUGGUAUUUCAAAAUGUAUAUGCAGCAAGCUUGGAGUGCAAGUGCACCUGCAGGACCUAGUGGAAGCUCUCGUGCAAGACCUAGUGGAAGCUCUCCUGCUACCCAUGUUUUGGUCUCGAGUCCUACUAUGUCACAAGUGGAAGAAGACUAUGUCGACAACAAUUCCGAUGAGAAUGAUGAGACUUAUGUAGAUGUAGAGCCUGAUGAGGAGUGA